AGACCAACUCGCUAAGCAACGACCUGCAAACGGGCAUCCGAGCAAAAAAACAGGAACCACAUUAUUAUCGAGUGUCUUUGCAAUGUUCCCGACGAUAUUUCUGCAACGUCUUAACUGAUUUCAUCGAAGUCACCGUCUCUCCAGACAUCGGCUACAGAAAACAAACAAGAAAUUAAUGCAUCUUGCUGCGCGGUGCUGUUUGUUUUGACCUGUGCAGAUAUUAGGGAAUCCUGCAAGGGGGAUUAGCGGUCCGUCAAUGAGGAACUACCGGCUCAUCUUCUGCCACAACCUGAAGCAGCCAUAGAGGGUUUGGUGGUUCACUGGCUAGAGGCGGAGAGCAUAGGAUACACUUUCACUGCUGCACGACGUGAGGUCUUGGCGGGGUUGUGGUGAGGAGGAGGCCAUGAGGAAGAGCGUGUCUCCGUUGCCAGGCAACGAGGGCGGGAGCUCAGCAAGCACUACGCGUGUUUUUGGCGUUCCUCUGGAGGAUGUGACGCGCACACACACCCUCAGCGGCCAUGAGGUUCCUGCGCUGGUGAAACACAUCGUCGACUACAUUGAAGAGCAUGGUCACCUGGACCUGGAGGGGCUCUUCCUUGUGAAUGGCAACGCAGAGCGCGUGGAUUGGCUGCGGCAGCGCUACGACAGCGGGGAGGAGGUGGCGCUGCAGAAGGAGGCGGACCUGGCGUCUGCGGUCAGUUUGCUGCGGCUCUUCCUGCAGGAGCUUCCUGAGCCCGUUAUCCCAACAGCGAUACAGGGACACAUCCUGCAGCUCCACCAAGAUUACAGCAAUGAGGAGGACCUGUUUAGAAACCUGAAGUACCUGCUGCAGCAGCUUCCUCUGCUAAACUACGGUCUGCUGCGCUUCCUCUGCCGCUUCCUCACCAGCGUGGCCUCCCUCCAGCAGGAGAGCUGGAACAUCGGGACGCUGGCCGCCGUCUUCGGGCCCGACAUCUUCCAUCUGUCAACAGAAGGAGAGGACCUCCGAGACCAGGAGUCUGUCAGCAGAGUUUUGGCCGAGCUGUUAGACAACCAGGAGGGCCUGUUUGACUCGGAGGAAGAUGACGUCUCCACCACCAACGACUACAGCUCCAUCAACGAACAGAUCACAGAGCUGUUGGACGAUGAGAAGUGUGAGGCUGAAUGUGAAGAGCUGCCUCAGGACGGGGAGGAGGGUCCUGCCUCCUCUGACUCACCACAACACACACACACUGACGACAGCCCCACAGACAGCUCCCACCUCUCCCCCAUAUCCAUCCUCCCUGCUGACUCUGCUCAGAUAAUCCAUUGCACCAUCAGGGCUGCAGUGGAGCAGCACUUCUUCGAUCUGAAGACCUCCAUCGACCAAGACCUCAGCAACUAUGACAGCCAAGGGGUGAGUCCCAGUGAGCCUGCAGAUCAGGGUUGCCAUGGACUCGAGGAUCAACAAACUGACCCUGAGGACAGCCCCUGUGACACAGAGGGGGAGACCCCACUCUCAGAAACCGAACAGAUCAUGCAACAAAGUCAGACACACACACAGGAUCCAUUGGACUCUGGCGCCGCCCUAGAGGAGAGCUCGGGGAUGGACCUUGAUGCAGAGGCCGUCAGAGACACUGAGAACAACAUCAACACUGCCAGGCAGGACAAUCAACCCUGUGACAACAUGGAGCAAACUCAGAUUGACAUCAUAAGCUGUGACCCGAGUUCAUCCCGCUGUGAUCAAAACGCCAACACCAGCAACACCAACCGGAACCACCUGUCGCCAUGCCAACCAAAGUCUGGCCAAAAACCCCAACUGCAGCUCUUCCCUGACAACCAAUGGGAAGUGUCCCCCCCCUCCCAUCUCCACCUCCCUCCCAUAGACUUCUCAUGUAUGCACCUGCAAAAAGAAGGGGAUGACCCCGUCCCUGCCUUUAAAUCGUGGCAGGACGAGGGUGAUGGUGGGGAGGCGCAGCUCUCCCCUCUGGCCGGUCGCAUGGACCGCCUCCCCCCGCUGCUCCUGGAGGAGGAAGGCGAGGAGGAGGAGGAGGAGGAGGAGGAAGAGGAGGAUGGAGGGCAGGACGCCUCCCCCUCCUCCUCCCGCUCCCACCCUCCCCUCCUGGCUCGACGCUUUCUCGAUUUCGGAGCGCACGGUGCCCAGAGAUUUGUCCAGCAGGACCCCGACGCCACCUCACCGACCAAAGCACAGAGGCCGCGGCGAGCCUCGUUCGGCUCCAAAGAGGCGAUGAGAGGAGGAGACUCGGUGACGCACCAACUCACCAAGAAGCUCCAGCACCUGAAGAAGAAAAUCAAGCAGUUUGAAGAGCAAUUUGAGAAGGAAAGAAACUAUAAGCCCUCUCAUGGAGACAAGGCAGCUAACCCCAAAGUCCUGAAGUGGAUGACAGACCUCACAAAGAUCCGCCGGCAGAUUAAAGGACGCCAGCACCACCUUUUACCCAGAAGCACGCUGAGGCACCAGGCUUUGCUCCAUUCAUACAGACGCCACCAUGCUCCCUCCUCCCCUUCCUACUCUUCCUCCUCCUCUUCCUCCUCUAUCUGCUCCCCCCCCAACCACACACUCACCUCCCCGCUCCACCCCUACUCAGGCCUGAGCUCUAAAGCGUUUCUCAAUGCCAAACACCGUGCAGAGAGCGAGCUCGGACCCCUGACUCGGCCCCGCAGCAACACUUUACCCAAGAGCUUCGGCUCCACGCUGGACCAAGGCGCUCACGACGCAGAGGUCAAAGAUCAACAUCCCACCAGAGAGGAAACGCUGGAGCUCAUCCAGCAGCGCGUCAAAGGGAAGAGGCAGGAGGACGGCUGGCCCGACGACAUCAAGAAGAUGACCAAGGAGCAGCUGUCCUGUGAGAAGACGGUGCUUCAGAAGAACCUGCUGCACUACGAGGGGCUGCACGGCCGACCUGUGACCAGAGAGGAGCGCAUGGUGGUGAAGCCUCUCUACGACCGCUACAGAUUAGUCAAGCAGAUGCUCACCAGAGUCAGCAUCACACCCAUCACAGUGUCCCCCUCCAGUAAGAGGCGCACUCAGACCCUGCAGCCCAUCAUCGAGGGGGAGACCGCUCACUUCUGGGAGGAGAUCAAAGAGGAGGAGGAGGACGAGCGGAAGGAAAAAGAGGAAGGAGGGGGAGAAAAGGUGGAGAGGGAGGAGGAGAAGGAGGACGAGGAAGACGAGGAGGACGAGGAAGAGGAGGGGGAGAGCAGCGGGGGGGAGAUGCAGAGCUCCGAGGUCAUCAUGGCCGUGGACCUGGUGACCUCGUCUGAAGGGUCGAAGACGAGGAGCCACACCCCCCCCGACCCCUCCCUCAGGGGGAAGAUGGAGGAGGGGUCCGGGAAGCUGGCCCUCGACCUGCGGCUGUCCAGCUCCAACGCCUCGUCCAUGCCAGAGCUGCUGGAACAGCUGUGGAAGGCCCGAGCCGAGAAGAAGAAACUGAGGAAGACCAUCCGAGAGUUUGAGGAAGAAUUUUAUCAGCAUAAUGGAAGGAACGUGCAGAAGGAGGACCGGGUGCCGCGCCUGGAGGAGUACAGGGAGUACAAGAGGAUCAAGGCCAAGCUCCGCCUCCUGGAGGUCCUCAUCAGCAAACAGGACUCCUCCAAAUCCAUCUAGCCCCGCCUCCUCCACACCAGCUGUCACUGCACUCAUCUGCAGGGACGUCAUCCCAUCGGGGGAGGGGGGGGGGGGGGUCCUCAAACGCAUCGCAGGAAGAGGCACACACACCUCCACUCAGUGUGCUGCAUUUAUGUCAUGGAGGGAAUUUAUUCAAAGUGACUAAAGUGACAGUUUGCCAUGAUUUAACCUCAGGAGGCUUUUGAGCUUUUGAGGGACUAGCAGCAUCCAGUAGAGAAAGGUAUCUGAGUUUCCCAUGGUAGAAACUAUUUGCCUAACACUGACCGGUCGAAUAUAAAGACAGCAGCUGUGCGGUCAUUUAGACAUGACGACUGUGUAAAAAUAUCAAAUAGUUUUUAAUACUUUAUCAGCCCAGUUUGUUAAGCAAAAGUAAUCUUGAAUGUAAUUUUAGCUGCUUCAGUUCCUGACAGUUUAGCAGAGAAACUAUUUUGCUGAAAAGUGCGUUAAAAAAUCAAGUUUUAAGCAUUUUGAUGACUUAAAUGAUUAUAUUAGUUUGAUAAAUAUUUCAUUAUUUAUAUAUGUGACUGCUGAUAUUUUCAGCAAUGUGUACAUAUUGGGGUUCUUUGACUUUAAUGAACCACAUUUAAAAGAUGACAUUUUAUUCCUAUGACAUGCAUGCAGCACCAGACAACUUAAAAUCACUUCGUCAGCCACACCUGAACGCCUCGCCGGACUGCAUUUCAUCUGAAAAACACGGUCACUCAUAUUCAGAGAGAAAAAACAUUUUGACGUUUUAAUUUCAGGACCUUUCUUUUUGUUCUUCACCUUAUUCUUUUCCUCUUGCUGAGGGAUCUUAUGGGACAGCUCGUGGACUGGCAUUUUAGACGCUCUUCACUCAAAACACUCAUUGUUUCUUUGGGACAUCGCUCUGUGGGAAAGUCUGUCGCCUCUCGUCAAAGGGUCACAAUCAGCGGCCUCCUUCGGCGCGAGGCGAUACGUUAUUUUAUCGUCGGUUAAAUUACUUAAACAUCCUCGAUGCUUCACACCUUCUGACGGAUUUUAGAAAUGAUUCACAUGUUUAAAAUCACACAUUUUUGCGUGUAUUGUUCAAAGAAAAGGGUAUAUACAUACAUGUUUGUGAGACACUGCUGUCCACGUCUUUUCUUAAAUGAAAAUAUGUGUGUUGUAUUCCAAGGGGGAAAAAGAUUUGUACUAACUCUUAGUGUGACCUUGGAGCUGAUCGUGAAAGACUGAAUUUCCUUUUCCUUGAUUUAUAUUAUUUGGCUUUUUGUUUUAUUUUGGCAAUAUUUGUCAGUCAGAUGUACACAACUUCAUUUCCCAUGAGCCUCUUGGGGAGAAAACUCUGCUUUUAAGUCGUCUUAAACUCAAACAAGUUUGCGCUCUUGAUUUUGUUAUUUCUGACGGCACCUAAAGGCAACAUUGGUCUAAAGAUGCUAACAGGAAACAGUCAGAUGUUUUUCAGGAUGUAGAUGUUACAGAAACCAUUUGGAAUAUUCUGCAUUUUCUUUGUUUUUACAUUUUGUCUCUUCACUUGUUCAGUUUGCUGCAUGGAGGUCCUGAGGGAUUAUGGGUAAUAAGUGAUGAGGAGAGGAGCCAGUAUCUGGUCCACGCUGCUGCAGUUUCUUUGAAACCAAAAGCAUGUUGGCUACAGGAAGUGGGCCGGAGUUUCCUGGAUGUCAGUCAGCAGUUGCCGUGCAGCUGACCGUCACUGAUUUAUCUCUGGGGUCACAGUGUGUCGCUUUUAUUUUAUCUCUGAGGUGCCAACUCUGCCAGCACUGAUUUUAGACGCAGAAACUGUGUGAUCUUUUUUCACGACCUGUGAGUCAGUGCUGAGGGCCUGUUAGCACGUUAGCAUGAUAUCCUCACUGCUGAGGAAGGGAAGGGGUUUCUCUGUUACGUUUCAUUGCCUGCUGGCGGGUGAAAUGAGGGCAGGUGAAGAGGAGGGGGAGGAGGAGGAGGAGUUUCUGUCUCCUAUCAGACAGACGUCAUGAUGUCACAGUGUGAUUUGAAAUAUGGGGCAGAGACAUUUCCAACUAUCGCUGAUUGUUUGGCUUUAGCGUGUGUUUCUGCAAGUGGAGUUCUAUUAUCAGAACCUCUUUGGCUUGUUAUGUGUGAGACGUUUAAGGACAAUAAGACACAUUAAUGCUUUUCUGUACUUUUACCUGCCUGAAUCAAAGUUGACUGCAGUCUUUUCUCUGCCAGUGGACGGCAGAUGUGAUGGUUUGAAAUCACAGUUUUGAAUGAGACAGGAGUUUUUGUGAGUGCUUGUGAAGAGGGAGGUUUGUCAGGACGUUAAGGUCGGUAGGGUUGAUGUAAAAAAAUGUUAUUUGCACAGCAUUCACAGAAUGCAGCCCUUUGUGUUUUUUCAUUUGUUAUUUCUAAAAAUGAAGCACUACUUCUAUACAAAUAUAAAUAUAUACUGUACAUAAAAAAAACACCCGAAGGAAUGAAUGUCAGAAAUGUUUAAAUUAUUUCAAACAUUAUGUUUGGCCCCCUUUGGUUCAUCAUACUUGUGAUGCCCUGAGAAUGUGUUUUUGUAUUAUUAUAAAUAUUGCUAUUACUAUCAUAACCAUAAUUUUGUGUGAUAAUGACAAUAAUAACCCUUUUGUAUCUACUCACAAUCUGUAAAGCAGCUGUAGAAGUUAGUCUGGCACUGUGUGGCUGAUCGACCUGAACAUGCUCCGGUUCCUCAUUUAUUUUUGUCGCUCUGUGUAAAAUAAGCUAAUCUAGAAGCAGUACUGUAGUGAGCUUGCAUGGCAAACAGAACAUAAUAGUAUGAAUAACAUGAUGUAUUGUUUCUAUUGUUUGUGCCAUGAAGGAUCAGCAAUAAUAAAAGUUUGCGUGGAGGUUUUACAGUAUCGGGUCCUGGGUAAUGUGUGGGAUCGACUGUGUGUGAAUAUUUGAGGUACAACACUUUUUCAGCCUGACACACACCUGGUCACACACACUCUGCUUAUACAGCUUGUUUUUACCACUGCUGUCAGCAUAAUGUUCAUGUUGGCGCUGCUGAAAAACCAAAAUAAGAAUCUGAAAGAUGGAGAGGGACUGAAAAGCCAAUGACAGAAAACAUUCCAGUUUUUAUCAUCAUUUAAAAAAAGUGGAAAUCCAUCGUUGAUCUCUGAAGGGCUUUUCUUUCAAUUUUUAUCUUUUUUUGAGUCAAACCAGACGAGCAGUUGAUAUGUUUGGCCCCUCAGUUUCUUAAAAUCAACUCUGUUUACAUUGUGCCUGCAACACAGUGGUAAAAGUCACGUUGUGAACUGUAAAUGUAUUCUGUCAGUGUACAAUUUCAUCACACACACUUUCCUCUCUGACAUGCAUGUUUGUUUUACACACCUGGAGCUCACGGCAGACGUUUCUGUCAAAGGUGUCCUGCAGGAAAUGUCAAAGAAAUGAUCAGUUUUUUUGGUCAAAACGGCAGAAGAAGAGCUAAAAGAUAUAUUAUAUAUUAUAUAAGUGUGUAAAGGGAUUUUUGAGUCUUUAAAUCUUUCAAAUUUAAAGGAGAAAUCGUCGUGUUGCUUUCAGGUUUGAUCGAGAAAGUAGGAAAUCAGAUACUUCUUGACAUCUUUGAUACUGAGUUUGCUGUAAUUUGCUUUAACGUGAGAGUUCAUCUACAUGUGAUACUGUGUUUUAUCACAUCAAUAUAUUGUAUGUGCGUAUGUAUCUAUAAAUGUUUUCUUACUUUGUGAAUGCUUUUUUCUGUUUUUUCUCCAUUAACAAAACAAUGAGAAAAUACAAUCAGUAACAGACAUUUACACGUGAAAAAUAAAAUUUGCAAGCUUGC